AUGUCAGAGCAAAUUGUUAUUAAAACUGCAGGAUUCGAUGCUCGUUUCCCCAACACCAACCAGACCAGAAACUGCUGGCAAAACUAUGUUGACUUUCACAAGUGUGUGCAAGCCAAGGGUGAGGAUUUCCAACCUUGCCAAGAGUUCAAGGCCAUCUACCGUUCUCUGUGCCCUACCAACUGGACCGAUCAGUGGGAUGAGCAGCGCGAGGAGAAUGUCUUUCCCCCACUCAACACCAGAUCCAGUCCCAACCACCAUUAG